AUGGAUGCCAUCUCAAGUUCUGUUUCAACCCUCAAAGUCCCUCCCUUUCACUCAACACCUCGUGAAUUGUACCACUUCAAAACUCCUCACGUAUCUCAAUCUCAUCAACUCCCUCCCAAUCUCACCACCAAACCCAACUCUUCAAUCUCUAACAGAACCCCAUCUAAAACCUUAUCUUUUAAGAAUCUUAAUCCUCCACUCUUUUCUAAUAUCUCUCAAAGCUCAUCUCAUAACUCAUCUCUUCCUGUCCACAGAAACCCUGUUAGUGGCUAUGCUGCAGCACUCUUAGACAUAGCUCAAUGCAACAGUUCCCUUGACAUAGUCCAAAAUGAUGUGAAAAGAUUAUUGGAGCUGCUUCAAAAUGAGCAAAUUCAAGCUGUUUUGGGUAGCCCAUUUGUGGGUGAGAAAAAGAAGGGGCAGGUGGUGAAGGAAGCGGCAAAGAGAGGUAAAUUCAACAGACAUUUGGUAGGUCUGGUGAAGAUGUUGACCGAGAGAAAUAAGGUGAUGAUAGUGAGUGAUGUUUUGAUGGAGUUUGAGAGGAUAUAUGAUGAGUUGAGUGGGACAAAAGUCGUUCUGGUUUCGUCUACUAAAAGGAUGAAGGAAGAUCAGUUGUUUAGGAUUGCCAAGAAUGUGCAGAAGUCUAGUGGGGCUGUGAAUGUUAAGGUAAAAAUUUUGGUUGAUGAGAAGUUGUCAGCAUUUGUCGUUUAA